CACAUGAAUUCAGUCUGUGAACAGGCGCCGAGCACUGCACAGCUUUUUGCGUAUAUUUGUUGCGUUCUCGUCGUGUGAAUAUUUUGUGAAGAAAAAAAAAAAAUCCAACCAACAAAGGAAAAAUUCAAUUUCCAACCAGAAAAAAAAGUAUUUAUAUUUUAACGCUUCUACUAUUAGCGCCAGCAAAACGUGUUUCCCCAGUCCCCACCGCGUUUAAUCGUUCAUUUCGAAAAUAUUCAGCCAAUAGUAGUAGGAAAAAUACACAGCUAGAUAAGCGGAAAAAAGUUGCUUCAACGCGCCAGCUGGUGUUGCACAAAAACAAAAAAUCCAACGAAAUUUCUGCUGAAAAUUGCUGCUUCGCGAAGUGAACUGGCUGGAUAGCCGCUCGAAGCGUUUAAAGUAAAUAAAACGAAAUUUCAUGCCGCCGUGUGUUUGAAGCGUAAAAUAAAUAAUACAAAAAGGCAAGAAAUAAGUAAGUGAAUAAAACAAACCAAAAGUGAAGUUGAGAAAUUCGCGCGCGUUUCAUAUUCCAAUGACGCAAUUUCCGCUUUAAUUGUGAAAAAGUUGAAUUUUUGUGUUGAAAAUCUUGUUAUUGUUCGAAAAAAAAAAAAAUAUAUAUUUUUAAAUCCUUAUUAAAAGGUGUUUAACUAUUUGUUCUGUGUGAAAGAAAACCAAAAACAACUAAAAACUUUCGCUUUUUCAUAGCGCUCCACGCAACAAUAAAGAAAUCAAAUUUAAGAACCGGCUAAGCCGGACGCAACAAAAUUCUUUAAAGUUCCAACUCUGAUUACUGCAGUGAAAAUAUAUUUCGUGAAUAUACAAAAACAAAAAAAAAAUUACAAUAAUCUGGAAAACCUAAUUUUGAUAGAAAUAAAAAAAAUAAAGCCGAGGUUAAAUAGUUUCAAACCAGCACUCAAUCCGGGAAACAAAAGUAAAAGUGCGAAACGACGAAGCAAGUAAUAGAACGACUUAUUAAACAGCGCCAGAAGAAAAAUAAGAAGAAGAAGAAGUGAAAUUCCAGCAAGCAAGUGAAGUGAGUGCAUUACACAGCUAUAUGUAUGUAUGUGUAUUUGUGCAUGUGUUUGUAUGCAAUAAAUUAUUUAUACAAUAAAUCCCCGCUAGAAAAUCAAAACAACAAAAAGCUUGGAAAAUAAACAAAAGUCAGCAAAGAGUAAAAAUAAUAGCAAAAAUAAUAAUAAUAAGCGGCAAAAGUAUUUAUUAUUAUUACUAUUUUCAAAGAAAAAAAACGGCGAGUAAAUAAAUAUACUCGCAAGCAAACACCCACACACACACACACACAUUGUGUAGUGCAGUUUGUUGUUAUUCCUUUUCGUAUUACAACGCGCUGAACAAGCAAGAAAAGUGAACAAGUUCGUCAUCGCUGUGAAACAACAAAUACAAUAUAAAAAAACGUAGUAAAAUAAAAGCAAGAAGAAUAGAAAUUAAAAUCCCACAACAACAACAACACGCAAUCAGCCAGCCAGUCAACCAACCAACCAAGCAACCAACAACAACCAACUUCACAUCUACAACUUUUGCCCUGUGCGCGCAUAUGACGAUCUCAUUUUUCUCGUGCGACAACAACCAGCAAAAGUAGAAGAAAAAAGUGAAUAUAAAUAAAAACAAAAAAAAAAUAAAAUAAAUUCAAGCAACAAGCAAGCGACAGCCACUGAAAAUAACUGCGAAAAAUUUGCAUUUGAUUUUCAUUGAAAAUAAGUCUUACAUUCACGCAUGUGCAUGCAUGUGUGUGUGCAAGUGUGUGGCAAUGUUUUCAAUUUCCCGCACUGAUCUCAACAACUUGCCGACAAAUUCUCAAGAAACCUUUGCGAUAAUGUAAAAACAGCGCGUGUAUGCUCAAACUUGCUUUAUCUCGCUCACAAACAUUUGCAUAUUAAAUUUUAGCGCAAAAACAAAAAACCAAACAAAUAAACACAAAAUCCACUCACAAAACCAAAACUUGAAAAAAAGUGCUCUCUCGCUCUAUAAUUAUACCCGCAACAACAUCCCCAAACCACCCGCAAAUAACCAGUACAUUUCAUUAAAUUACUUUCAGCAAAAUUUGUUGAAAUUGUAAAAGCUUGUGAAUUGUGCGUGAAAGCUCGGCGACGAAAGCGCCAUAUAACAAAAAAAGUGAAAAUAAAGCGCGGCAACAGUGGACGGCAGACAACUGUAAGCCAUUUAACGGAAUUGUAUAAAAAGCUCAAAUAAACGCGCGCUUUUCAGCUUCAUACCGGUUCGCCGCACGCUCCCCUAUCCACAUAAAUUAUAACCCUCGGCUUGUAUCCGCAUAUUUACCUACAGACUAUUUGCGUACAUAGUACAUACACAAGAAAAUAAAAUUAAAAACAAAAAAAAAAAAAAACGUUACGAAAAAGUUGAAAUCAUUAAAACCCCAAAGCUCCCGCUGCUAUAAUUUACUGCAAAAAGUGUGAAAUUCUUUAAAAAUUGUUUUGAUAAUUUAUUGUUGUGCGCCUUCAAAUAGCCGCUGCAAUAAACAAACACAUAUACACAUACAUGUUUAAGUAUAUAUAGGAUAUAACGUGCAGCAGUUAGGGUGAAUUCGCUGGCAAAUUUUGUGCAAAACGAUACCUUGACGCCUCAUAGUAGACCACGCAUACAUGCAUACGUACAUAUGUAUGUGUAGUAGCCAGUAGCAUUAUUGCGCGCUAGUAUUGUAAAGCUUGCCAUUUUGUUGCUAAAAUUGAAAGCCGCCGCCAAAAGUUGCGAAACUCUUGCAAAAAGCAGGCCAAAAAGAGAUCAAUUACUCCAGUAAAGCGCUCGGACAAACGCGAACACUCUACUUGCAAGCGCAACGGAGAGCAGCCAGCUGACAAGCGGUAAUCAGUCGAAAGUGUUUUUAAAAUUCUAGUCAUUGACUAUUUCGCAUUGUCAUAGCGCCGUAGCAAACGAGCGAGCACCAAACGCUAAUAGCAAAAAGCUACGUCAACCAGUUAACCGCGCCGCAAGUGUCAACGUCAAACGUCAAACGUAGUUCGCUUUGUUUGCAUACGAAUAAAAUUUUUGAAUUUUCAAAAACAAUAAUAAUUUCAAAACAAACGAAAAUUUUUGACAAGUAUUGGGGAAAAAAGGGUUUUCUUUUUUCAAACGAAACAAGCAAGUGAGGAAAACAACAAAGCCAACAACGAUUCAACCAACCUGCCGUUGAGUGAAAAAUAACGUUCGAGGUGCAAGCUCGCCAGUGCAACAAAGCCCGCAAGUGACAGUUAUAAAGCAGCUACGCAAUCCGUGUGCGUCAAAGAGCUAAAGAAAGAAAACGACGAGAGGGUGAGAGAGGCAAACAAGUCAAGCACUUUAAGCUGCAAAGCCUGCUAACUACAACUGCAAAAGUGCCAGCGGCAAAAAUAAUAAUUUGUGAUAGCAAAUACUUACUCCCCAUCCCGCGUGUGACCCCUCUCAAGCCGAAUCAACAAACUGCAAAUAUAAAUAGAAAAGUUAAUUAAAAGAAAAUUUAUUGAGAUUCAAAUCAAAUUUAUUACCAAUAAUAAUAUCCCGUUCCAAGUAACCACACAAGACACUUACUUACAAAACAACAACUACAAAAAUGGCAGCUGUCGUCCAUGUGAAUAGCCUGUUGAAUGGCAAGGAUUCACGUUGGCUCCAAUUGGAAGUGUGUCGCGAAUUUCAGAGGAAUAAAUGCUCCCGCCAAGAUACCGAAUGCAAAUUCGCUCAUCCGCCCGCCAAUGUCGAGGUGCAGAAUGGAAAGGUGACCGCUUGCUAUGACAGCAUUAAGGUAUGUGUUCGUAAAUAAAUUGGACAAAUAACAGAAGCAAAAACAAAUUUUCAAA